AUGUUCAUCCAAACCACCGUGUUCCUGAGUGGAGUAGCCGGGGCUUCGCUUCUCUUCGGAUUCGGUUCAGCUGUUGCCAUGGCGAAAAAGAAAGAUCCGACGUCGUUCUCACAGGGCAUGACUGUUGGUGGCGGUGGAGAAAAUGGCGCUUCUUUGGCCCUGCGGGCCCUGGGGCGCGGGACAGUCUACGCAGUUCUUGGUGUGUCAGUGAUAUCUUGGGGCGUGUGGAAAUUGUCCGGUGCGGAAAAUAUGAAGGACUUCUGGUUGAAGGUUCAGAGCAUCUUCCCGCAAGUGAAGAAGAACGAACCACCAGUUGGCCGGACGGAAUUCGAUGGUUUCCGCGAUCUUUUUGAAUACCUUUCUGGCGAUUAUUCGCGGAAAAAGUAGUGUGACCAAUUUUUUUUGGUAGUUUUCUUGUAUGAAUGAGAUAUGUGUUCCAAUUCAGA